AUGUAUGCAUAUCGACUAUCAAAUGUAUUGUUUUUGCUUAUCUUAAUAUUUAACGUUUAUAAGAUACAAGCCAAAGAAAUAUCAUUUGAUACAAUAGUUUGUUUUGGUGAUUCAAAUUCGGACAUUGGCAAUGUUUAUAAAUUAUCAGAUUCAAAAUGGCCUAUUGAUCCACCUUAUUAUAGGGGUCGAUAUUCUAAUGGAAAAAUUUGGAUAGACAAAUUAGGAAUAUCGAAUAUUAUUGAUUAUGCAUAUGGAGGUGCAACUACUGAUAAUAACUUAGUACGAGGUUCUACAAUAUUUAAUUUAACAGUACCAGGUGUUCGUCAACAAAUAGCUAUGUACAAAAAUACUAUUCAUUCAAGAAAGAUAAAUUAUCAUCGAACACUUUAUGUUAUUUGGAUUGGUCAAAAUGAUUAUUACUUUAAUAUAGCUUUAGCUUUUGCUCCAUCAAUUGUUGUUCAAAGUAUCGUCAAUGGAAUAAAUGAUUUAAUUGAAACAGGUGCGAAAAAUAUUCUUAUUAUUAAUCUACCACCAUUUGAAGUAUAUCCAGCUACAGCUGUUUUUAAUGCACAUGAUUUAUUAAAGAAACUUACACUUGAUCAUAAUAAUAAAUUAUUAAAUUCAGUUCGGCUACUUCAAGCAAAUCAUUCAAAAAUAUCAUUUGAAAUCUUUGAUCUUUAUUCACUUAUUUCAAAUAUUCUUAUGAAUACCACAGCAUAUGGAAUAAAUAGUACGGAUAAAUGUUGGGAUACACCACAUUAUACUGUUGUUCCAUUAUGUUCAACUCCUGAUACUUAUCUUUUUAUUGAUCAAUUUCAUUUUACUACUCGUGUACAUCAAUUCAUUGCUGAUGCUAUGCGUAAAUUUCUUAUAAAAUGGAAAGGACACUUUAGGUUUCAUCGUUCUAUUUUUUCUGUAUAA